GCUACAGAUUAGUCAGAUAGAAACCACAAAGACAUAAAAAUGGCAGUCUCUUCAUUAGCCAUUUCAUCACCAAAGCUUCAAGUCUUCACUCCAAAGCCCAUAGCUACAGCAGCCAGUUUCAAGGCUUCUUCUUGGCCACAACAAAUACAAUCAACUCCUACUAUAAAUAAGAAGAAAAUUUGGCAAGUGGGUGUUGGAAUAUUAGCUGCUUCAGUAGUGGCUUUGACACCGUUAACUGCUGAUGCUACCAGAAUUGAAUACUAUGCUACUACUGCUGAGCCCACUUGUGACUUCAAUUUUGCCCGCUCUGGACUUGGUUAUUGUGACAUUGCUGUUGGCUCUGGUCAAGAGGCUCCUUAUAACCAGCUCAUUAAUAUUCACUAUACUGCAAGGUUUGGGGAUGGCAUAGUUUUCGACAGCAGCUAUAAACGUGGUCGACCCCUGACCAUGCGCCUCGGCAUGGGCAAGGUUAUCAAGGGAUUAGAUCAAGGAAUCUUGGGAGGUGAAGGGAUACCGCCAAUGCAUAUUGGUGGAAAACGUAAGCUUCAGAUUCCUCCACAUUUGGCAUAUGGACCAGAACCAGCAGGCUGCUUUUCAGGGGACUGCAACAUUCCUGGAAAUGCAACACUUGUAUAUGACAUAAAGUUCGUCGAAAUCUACUCGGGAAACAGGAAAUGAAGCAAGCCAACAUGAUAUGAUGAGAAAUCUGAAGCUCAAGCACAACUAGAUCCACCCAUAAUUAGUUUGAAUGAAGAUAUAGAGCAAAAGGUGGCAGAUUCGUUCUCUAAAGGGAAUAAAAGUAAGUCAUGAAUCACAUGGCUUUCACCAUACAAGAUGCAAUUUACCUAAUGGUGAGGAGAGCUUGCAGGUGCCAACUUUUCCGGGAUCAUUUUUGAGUUGAUAAUCUAAGUUACUAACAUAGUGUGUAUAAUUGACCAUUCCACUUUAAAUAAAGUAUAUGCAAAUUUAAGUUUCAUGUUCAACAUACUUGAAAAUCUUGUAUAAUUAUUUCAUGUAUAUUUUGUGACUGAAACUGUUGGAACUAAAUAUUACAGCCCCGUUUAUCA